CGGACGUACACUGUGCGAUAUUUUCGGUCGUGUCACUCAGCCCCAGCUUAAACUGUACGACCAAAUCGCAGGGUUUAAAAGUUCACAGCUCACGAAUCAUGUUCUCACACUGAACGAACCGAUGCUCGGAUGCGACUUGCCUGCUCACACUGUACGUUCACAUAACGACCGGAGUUGUCAAAGUUGUUGUUCCGGAAGUAGAAAACCACGAAGAAGAAAACCACGGAAUUAGAAAACCACAGAUGUGCGGAGACCAUGGAUCUAUUGGCGGAGACACAAUGCUGAGCCACGGAAAAAACAGACGCGCUGCCUUGGCAAUUUGUGCCAUUCUGUGCUCAGACAAGCCCAAAAAGAAGAAGCGACGAGUCUGGUCCAAGAAAUGGCUGGGCAGACGUGGGCAGUAUGGAUUGUCAGUUCUUCAGAGGGAACUGGAGGUAGAUGACAUGAUGGGUUUUCGGGACCUUCUCCGAAUGUCUGUGCACGACUUCAAUUACCUCCUGGAGAGGGUAACUCCACAUAUCCUCAAGAGAGAUACUCAUCUCAGGAAGGCCAUCAGUCCCAGGGAGAGGUUGUCUGUUACCCUUCGAUUUUUGGCAACAGGUGAAACCUUCAACUCGUUAAGUUUUCAGUAUAGAAUUGGAAGCACCACAGUGAGCAGGAUUGUGAUGGAAACAUGCACAGCCCUAACCUCUGUACUACGGGAAGAUUACUUGAAGACACCAUCGACUAUCUCUGAGUGGAAGGCUGUUGCUAAAGACUUUGCGGACAAGUGGCACUUUCCACAUUGCUUAGGAGCCAUUGAUGGGAAACACAUAUUCAUUCAACCCCCUGCCAAGAGUGGAAGCAUGUUUCACAACUACAAAUCUAGGUUUUCCAUUAUUCUUAUGGCUGUAGUUGAUGCCAACUACAAGUUCUUGUAUGCCAGCGCUGGGACACAGGGAAGGGUGUCUGAUGCUGGAGUAUUUGCCCAUUCCGACCUGAAACAUGCGAUGGACACAGGCAUGCUGAGCUUCCCCCCUGCUGAUACCUUGCCACACACUGAUGCCAUGAUGCCAUAUAUGUUGGUUGGAGAUGAAGCUUAUCCCCUACGAGCAGAUCUAAUGAAACCAUAUCCUUUACGCAAUCUCAACCAAAAUCAGAGAAUCUACAACUACCGUCUUUCAAGAGCACGGCGUGUGGUAGAAAAUGCUUUUGGAAUUCUUGCUAAUCGAUUCAGAGUAUUCAGAACAACAAUUUGCCUGGAUCCUGACAAGGUUGUCACUAUCCUCUUUGCAUGUCUUUGUUUGCACAACUUCCUCCGCCACCACAGCGCUGAUGCCUAUGUACCACCUGGCUACAUAGACUGCGAAGAUGCCAAUCAUCAGUUGAUGGAAGGAGCAUGGAGAAGGGAGGGAGGGCUUCAGUCUGUUUCCAUGGGCCAAGCUAGGAACCCUUCAGUUGAAGCAAAGAAACAACGAGAUGUCCUUUGCCAGUACUUUGUGUCACCUGCAGGAAGUGUAUCUUGGCAAGAACACAUGGUGUAGGCCAAAGUUAAGACAAAUCUGAUGUGAAUCAAUCGGUAGCCCUAUUGUUUGAGAUAACAGAGGACUGUGUGUGAACUCUUUGACUUCCAGCAACGGGGCUAUGGAUGGAUUCAAACCUCAUUUCUCCUUACUGUGAAGAAUUUUUUUGGUUUAUGAGAAUUUUGAAAUGAAAAUUCACAAAAUGUAAAGAAAGGUUCUUUUUUUCUUUAUUUUUGGAAACACUAACUUGGUAACACAUACUUAAAUAUUUUUUCUUUUUGUAUAAAAACUGAGGUAUGAAAUAAAUAACACAAAUAAUUCCCUUUGUAAUUACUAGCAUAAAUAAAUCUACCUCUGUGGGGCAUCACAACAAUGACUUGUUUUGUGAAAAUAAAAAAAUAUUUUUUUCGAUUCACAGAA